AGUGAACUUCAAGACUCUUGAGAUUGAAGACCAUGUCCGAAGCGGAUCCUGAGAUAACACUUGAGACAUAUGACAAGCAUCAAAUCAAGAUCCCCAAGAGCAUUGCUACACGAUCUGCGAUCAUCAACAUGAUGAUCGAAGACACUGGAGAUGUCAAUGAAGUGGUUCCUCUUGCGGACAAGAGCUGCACUUUGAACAUCAUGAACCGAGUGAUUGAAUACCUGAAGAAGCAUGCGGAGUUCGACAACACUGGCGCAGACGAUGAGGUCAUCAACGAGUUUGACAAAGAGUUCCAAGAGCAGAGCGAUGAGAUCAUCUUUCAGACAAUACUGGCCGCCAAUUUUCUGGACAUUAAGAACCUUCUUGAACUUAUGUGCAAGAAGGUAGCAGAUGAAAUCAAGAAGUGCAAGACACCGGAUGACAUAAGGGAUAGGUUUAACAUCCGAAAGGAUUACACGCCUGAGGAAGUUGAGGAAGUGAAGCGUGCCCAUCCUUGGAUAUACGACAAGAAUGCAAAGUAAUUCAAACAUCAAGUCAAUGUGGAGUUAGGAAUGCAAUACUACCGUGUGAAUGUUCAUCUCAUCUUUCAACAGAAUCAUGCUAUUUCAACAUUAUUCGCAACUGCUGAAAGGAACAGUGGAUGCUCGAGCUUAGAUUGCGACUGGGUCGUAGAGCGGGAUGUCGCAUUUUCUUGACAUGUAAUCCAAGUACGCAGCCACCUGUUGUCAAAUCAGCCGUCUUGACCAACCAAUAAAACGCAGAAU